AUGCUUAGAAGAAACAUCACCACAUUCGCUCGAAGGUAUAUAACGACCGGGAAAAAUACCGAUACAUUCUAUCGUGCCCAAAUCAAUAUUCGUGACAUUAUAAAUCGACCAAAUGAAUACAAAACCUCAAUAGAAAGAAGACAACUUCCUCAAGAGCUUAUUGAAGAUGUUGAUUUUAUUAUCAAGAAUCGAGAAAUUCAAUUCGAGAUGUCUCGAAAAGUGAAUGAUUUCAAACAUCAACGUAAUGAAUUAGCAGAAAUGCUCAAAUCCAAAACAGCUCCCAAUCCACAAGAGUGUAAAGACAAACUCAAAGAAAUUAAGAAUGAUUUAAAACCCUUAGAACACUCAGUCAAAGAAUUAGAAGAACUCAUAUAUACAAAAGCGGAAAAUUUACCAAAUUUAAUUGAUGAAACCGUCCCCACUGAUCCUUUCAAAGAAGACAUCGUCCAAUUCAUCAACUGUGCAUCGGCAGAAGAUGCCUUAAACCAACUUCCACCCACAGAAACAUAUGAUCAUAAAACCAUCGGAGAAAAUUUCAACAUCUUCAACUUCUCCACCGCCUCCCGUAUCUCCGGUUCCUCAUGGUAUUACCUAGUAGGAGACGGAGCCCUCUUAGAACAAGCACUCGUCCAAUAUGGAUUAUCUAAAGCGAGAAAAUAUGGCUAUAAAAUGAUCGCCCCUCCUUCAAUCGUAAAGUCAGAGGUGGUGCAUGCAUGUGGAUUUAAACCAAAUGAUCAAAAUAAUGAAAAGCAAGUAUAUGAACUCGAAGGAGAAGGGAAAUCAUUAACAGGAACGGCCGAGAUUCCAUUGGGGGCAUAUCAUUCAUCAACUGUAUUUGAAGCCGGGACUGAUUUUCCUAAGAAAUAUGCUGGAGUUUCGAGAUCAUAUCGUGCAGAAGCAGGUGCUAGUGGGAAGGAUACAAAAGGGCUUUAUCGAGUUCAUGAAUUUACAAAAGUUGAAUUAUUCCAUUUUACUACUCCUGAAAAUGCCGCUGAGGAAUUGGAACAGAUUAAGGAUUUGCAAGUUGAAAUUAUUUCCGAAUUGGGCUUAAAGGCAAAAUUAUUAAAUAUGCCAACUUCAGAUCUUGGAUCUCCGGCAAUGAAGAAAUAUGAUACAGAAGCAUGGAUGCCAGGGAGAGGAAAUUGGGGAGAAUUGACAAGUUGUUCAAACUGUGGGGAUUAUCAAUCUAGACGAUUGGGGAUUAAAUAUCAUAGACAAAAUGAAGAAAAAUUGGGACAUGUACACACUCUUAAUGGAACAUGUAUGGCAGUACCUAGAGUAAUUGUUGCAUUGGUUGAACAGAAUUAUAAUCCAGAGACUAAUGAAAUCUCAAUCCCUGAAGUUUUACGACCAUAUAUGGACGGGAAAGAUAAAAUAAUACCCAAUUAA